UCUGUCGGUCUGAUCGUGACGUGUAUUACCGAGGGGUUCCUCAAAUUGGUGUUGGUUGCUAAUAUGAAGUUAGCCAGCUGUGUUGCCGAUGAUAUUAAGUGAUUCGCGGGAGACAAAUUUAAGUUUUUGGUCAGUGUUUUCGAAGCAACAAUGCCUCUCACGGUCGGCGGAGGAGGCGGACGGGCCGAUAGAAGUGUGCUGUGCGUCUUGUUUCCGCUCGCCGCCGUGUUUUUGUUGUCGGUCGGAGUUGCUGCUGUUCCAGAAGAGCACAAAGCUGCAGUCCAGGAGCAACCCCCACAAGAGAAAGCCACAAGCCCCCAUCCGUUAGGCCCAGUAGUUUCUGAGGAUGACUCCAGCAAAGGAAACCUGGGUUUCAUCCACGCCUUUGUGGCCUCCAUCUCUGUCAUCAUUGUCUCUGAGUUGGGAGACAAGACAUUUUUCAUUGCAGCCAUCAUGGCUAUGCGUUACAACCGCCUCACCGUGCUGGCAGGUGCUAUGCUGGCUCUGGGACUCAUGACUUGCCUCUCUGUGCUGUUUGGCUAUGCCACCACCAUCAUCCCAAGAAUCUACACAUACUAUGUGUCCACCGCUCUGUUUGCUAUCUUUGGCGUACGCAUGCUGAGAGAGGGGCUGAGGAUGAGUCCAGAUGAAGGGCAGGAAGAGCUGGAGGAGGUGCAGGCAGAGAUCAAGAAGAAGGAUGAAGAGCUCCAGCGGUCCAAGCUAGCUAAUGGGACCCCAGAUGUGGAGGCUGGAUCAGGGACCACUGUUCCUCAGGGCAGGUGGCACAGCUUAAUCUCACCCAUCUUCAUCCAAGCCCUCACCCUCACCUUCCUGGCGGAGUGGGGGGACCGCUCGCAGCUGACCACUAUUAUUCUAGCUGCCCGGGAGGAUCCAUUUGGGGUGGCAGUGGGUGGUACACUUGGACACUGUCUGUGCACAGGACUGGCUGUGAUAGGAGGGAGAAUGAUCGCCCAGAAAAUAUCUGUCAGAACAGUUACAAUCAUCGGCGGGAUUGUUUUCCUGGCGUUUGCCUUCUCUGCCCUGUUCAUCAAGCCAGAAGCUGGAUUUUAAUUGGACGAAAGACUUUCAGGUUAAUUCUGUACAUACGUGUAAGAUUUGGUUGCAGUAGAGAGACUGUAGUUGUGACUCUGUGUGUGUCCAACAGGAAGCGUGACAUGCUAAACAGAGAGCUAAACUCCCGCCCUCACCACGAGCUGGCCUCUGCUGGGUUUUCUCAUUAAACACUUCAGCAGUAUUUUGUUAGCAUUAAUACCAUUUCCCAAGAGGGUCAACCUGUGGUACUCAUCAGAGCCUCGUGGGAGGUGUAGUUGUUGAAUGCUAACUAAUCAGUGUUUUAUCUUUAUCAAGUACAGAAGUCAGAUUCACAUUCAUUUUAGAACAGAAAACAGUGGAAAUUUUUCAUGAAGUUUGAAGAAGUAAAAGCCUCAAUCAGAAGAACUUAUUGAGUUACAGAGGCUAGCUGGGGGGGGGGACUGCAGCUCUCUGUAUGAGCCCCUCACAAGAGGUGUGAGAGAAAAGAAGACUGGAUUGUUACUGAUUGCUGCCCUCCCACUCAGCCAUCGAGUCCAUUUCAAAAUAUUUGCCUUUUUGUUCUUUGUUUUUAAAUGUUGAAUUAUUAAUUUUUGACACGAGCCCAUGUGCAGUCAGGUGACUGUUGUCAGAAUAGCAACCAACAGACUGUUUAUUCCACCCUGACACUUACUGCAUCCUAAAAUCAUGACCCAAUUACUCAAAAUCUUCCACAGAGCUUCCAUGCAUUUACUCUCUUAACCCAGUGUGACAUUGCUAGUUUGGAGAUUAGUUUAUAGCUAGCCGAUACUGCUAGCUAACGUUACAGCUCAGCCGAGGAGAGCGGCAUUAAUGUUGACACCCCGCUCAGUCACGAACCUCUCGUCCAUUAGGUGAUGCACGCUCCCCUAUGCGCAGUGAUGCGGUUGGUGGGUGUAGUUCGGUAGAAAGAAAAUAGUUCCUGCAUGAAACUGCUCACCGCGAGCUCUGUGGAUUAUCUUGAGUUGUCGGGUCACGAUUUCUGGAAAGAGACGUUGCUGCCGAGUUUUUCAGCACAAGCAGAGUGCCAUCUAGUUACAUUAUGUUGAUGAGAUACUUCUACAGCAAGUCUCUCCAGAAAACUCCCACUAAAACAAUUGAGAUGGAUAAAUAGCAUUACAGGGAAGAGGAAAAAAAUGUUUUUGAGGUGAGCUGUCACAUCAGAAGUGGGCCUACUUAAGAUUUUAAUUUCCCGCUGUGAGCAAAAACACUGAAAACUGAACCAACUGCACAUAAUUAAGAAACUGAUUUAAGAUGAGAUUUUAUUUGAAGCGGAGACGCCAUUGAAAUAUUUCCCUUAGUUAAUCCUGUUUCACACAGGAGCAGCCUGUUAGAGUGACCUGAACCACUACUUUACCUCUGUGUCCAGGUGUCGCCAUACCUAUGUUGGAAUAUCUGUGUCGGUACCAGAAAGCUACACCACGGCUUUAAAAUAGCUUCUCUCCAGAAUGCUAACCACAUAUUGGAGGUAAUGAUCGGAGUACUUCAUGUUUCCUGCUUCCAGUUUUGGGCGGCGAUAGCGAUUGAAACAUGGAUCAGGUUGAAGAAAGGCCAGUAAUCGCCUCCACAGAUUCUCCCACACAGGUUAAGUCUUCCUCAGUGAUUCAAGCCAUUUCCAGUUUGAAGCUCGCUGCCUCCUCUCUUGCUGCCCAAAUCACAAAAUCAAUGAAUACAGCAGGUACAGAAUAGAUGAGUCACCACCGUGUAAUUUAUCCUACAACAAAACCGACAGUAGAAGUCACUCCUUUUGCCAUGAGUAGCUGUGUUGUAGCUGCAGUGAUACCUGAGCACAGCAGUGCAAUUCAAGCCUACGGUUCACUUUUUAUUUAAAACUAUUUAUUUAGCUUCAUCUUCUUUUCUUUUGAAGCACGUGUACUGUUGAAACAGAAAUUAGGGGGGUGGAAGAGGUCACUAAAAGCAAGGAAUGGAAAUAUUUUUUUAAGUGAACAGGCUCAAGCUGCAUUGUCAAUAUUUGACAGACUGUGCCCAGCUGUGAAAUACUUCUGUUUGUGAUACAGGUCGGUCGAAAUGCCUAUAAAUCUAAAAUGCUCAAUAAAAUGUUUCAGGUGUUGUCUGA